AUGCACCACGACCUUCAUCUCGAUAAUAUCUUUGUUGACCCGAAGGAUCUAAGGACGAUAUCCAGUAUAAUCGAUUGGCAAGCGGUUUAUAUUGCCCCACUCUUCUUACAGGUCAGAUUCCCCUCGGCCUUUGAUUGUGACGACCCUUACCCAUGGGGAGCGAUCCAGCCUGAACUACCCGAUAACUUUGACACUCUUUCACCCACAAAAAAGGAACUCGCCAGAGAAUCACAUGAAAGACUGCGAUUGAAGAAGUUUUACGAAUUGGCUUCAAGGAAAUUCAACCCGCUUCUUGUAAAGGCUGUGGAUGCCAUGCAGAAUGAUGACGAUCCUGCCUCUUAUAUUUUCUAUCAUAUCGGGCAAUCUUCAUCUGAUGGUGCAGUGCCCUUAAGGGAGCUUCUCGUCCAAAUCUACGAAAACUGGGACCAGAUCGCGAAGAAAAAAAGGAUUAAGAAUGCAGUGCCCAAUAUUAUCUACUGA